UCACUUCCAAGAUUCUUGGGAAACCUGAACCUUAAUUUACAGUCUCAUCUCCCAAACUUCUCUCUGAUCUCAUUCUUACAGACAAUCAGAGUAUGGAUUCAAAAUGCAUCACUUCAUGUACCUCCUUGCAUACGAGAAGUCACUUCAACCCAAAGACAAAUCACUCCUGGGCUAGACUACACCAUAAAAAUAGCACCAGUAAUUUCAGGAUCUAUCAUGCUUGUUCCUAUAGCCAACAACUGCAGCAGCAGCAAACUUCAUCGUUUACUCGAAAUGGUUUUGUAAAAAAGGCAAAGACAGGUGCUAUACGGUUGAGCUUGGAUGUAAAGCCCAUCAAGGAUCCCAAUAAGAAGAAAGGAACUAUUGCAGGGGCAGUUGCUUUGAUAAUUGGUACUAGUAUAGGCUCAGGGAUUCUUGCACUCCCAGAGAAAGCUUCUCCAGCGGGAUUUAUUCCAAGUUCAAUAUCGAUAGUAAUAUGUUGGGGAUUUCUCCUGAUUGAGGCUCUUUUACUGAUUGAAAUCAAUGUAAGCAUGAGGAGGAGGAAGGGAAAGGAAGACAAAGAGAAUGAGUUGGAGAUCAUUUCAAUUAGGACUAUGGCCCAAGAGACUCUAGGAGACUGGGGUGGAACUCUAGCCUCUCUGGUUUACAUUUUCUUAGGUUAUACUUCCAUGAUUUCUUACAGUUCCAAGUCUGGGGAGAUCCUUUUUCACUUGAUCAAUCUCCCAGCUCCAGUUUCUGGCAUCUUUUUCACUUCAGUUUUCACUCUUCUCAUUUCCAUCGGUGGGACUCAAGCUACGGAUCAAGUUAACCAACUGCUCACUGCUUCCAUGAUAGGUUUACUAGUAGCAAUAGAGGUGCUAGCAGUUGUGUUUGGAGGUUGGUCAGGACUACAGGGAAGUGGAGAUUGGGGAAAAGUCCCACCUGCAAUACCUGUCAUAAUAUUUUCUUUGGUGUAUCAUGAUCUGGCACCUGUUCUUUGUGCAUAUUUGGGCAGUGAUCUCAAACGCUUAAGGAUUUCGGUGGUUCUUGGUAGUCUUGUUCCCUUGCUAGGACUACUUGUUUGGGAUGCAAUUGCUCUUGGCCUAUCUGCCCAAGCUGACCAAAUGGUUGACCCUGUUGAAUUGCUUAUGAGGGUGAAAUGGAGUGGGGUUUCAUAUAUGGUAGAAGCCUUUUCUCUCCUUGCAGUUGGAACAUCAUUAAUUGGCACUCUUCUUGGCUUCUCUGAGUUUUUCAAAGAACAACUAAAUAGCCUCUCAUCGAUUUCUCCCCUCACACAAACACAGAAACCAAACAUGCUCUUUGGUCUGAGGAAAUGGUGGGCAGGGAAUAAAGUUAGCUUCACAUCAGUGGCAUUGGUUGUUGUUCCAUCUCUUUUUGUGUCGACUACUGUUCCGGAUGCAUUCUCUACUGCCACAGACGUUGCUGGAGGGUAUUGUAUGACAAUGCUAUAUGGAGUUCUUCCACCAGCAAUGGCUUGGGCAAUGCAUAAUAAAGAAAGAGACAAUGCUUCUGAUCAAAAGACUUUAUCGAGAGCGAGGCCAGUACUGGUGGCGGUAGGACUCCUUGCUUGCGGAAUUGUGGCAGAGCAAAUCCUUCAAGACAUCCUCAUAUUUCAAUUCUAGCAUGAACUCAAAGCAAUAUAUACUCUUAGGUGCGAGAUUCAGCAAAACCGUUGAGAGCUCUUCCGGAAGGUAGAGUAGAGUCAGGUUAAUCAAAAGAUAGAUGUCUGUUUUUUUUUUUUUUCUGUGAAAGGAACUAUGUAAAUGAUGCAAGUCAUAAAUAUCUGAAGCAGAGAUAAUGCAAUCACAAAUGAAGGCAUGCAUGAUCUUAGUUGGUCACAGUUGUAUAUUCCAAAAGCAUCCGCACAAUGUCAUUUGAUAUUCUUGCAGCAUCAAUCUUCAAAUGAUGGAUCUUUGCCUCUGUC